AUGUCUUUUCAUAUCUAUCUAUCUAUCUAUCUAUCUAUCUAUCUAUCUAUCUAUCUAUCUAUCUACAUACGUAUGUUUUUUUUCAUAUCUAUCUUCGUCCUUUCAUAUCUAUCUAUCUAUCUAUCUAUCUAUCUAUCUAUCUAUCUAUCUAUUCUUGACUCUUCAUUAUUUAUCUAUCUAUCUAUCUAUCUAUUCUUGUCUCUUCAUUAUUUAUCUAUCUAUAUGUCUUUUCAUAUCUAUCUAUCUUCGUCCUUUCAUAUCUAUCUAUCUAUCUAUCUAUCUAUCUAUCUAUCUAUCUCCCUAUCUAGCUAUGUUUUUCAUAUCUAUUUUCGUCCUUUCAUACCUAUCUAUAUAUCUAUCUUUUCAUAUCUAUCUAUCUAUCAUUUCAUAUCUAUAUCCGUCCUUUCAUAUCUAUCUAUCUUUUCAUAUCUAUCUUCGUCCUUUCAUAUCUAUCUAUCUAUCUAUCUAUCUAUCUAUCUAUCUAUCUAUCUAUCUAUCUAUCUAUCUAUCUAUCUUUUCAUAUCUAUCUUCGUUCUUUCAUAUCUAUCUAUCUAUCUAUCUAUCUUUUCAUAUCUAUCUUCGUUCUUUCAUAUCUAUCUAUCUAUCUAUCUGUCUGUAUCUGUCUAUCUAUCUAUCUUUUCAUGUCUAUCUUCGUCCUUUCAUAUCUAUCUAUCUAUCUAUCUAUCUAUCUUCCUCCUUUCAUAUCUAUUGAUAUCUCUCCGUCUUUUUAUAUCUAUCUAA